AUGCUGCUCAGAAGCAUCUUGACGGCCAGGUGCAUUCCCCCGUCCCCUCAACGUUCCUUUUCAAUGCUUGUGCUGCAGGAGGGGGGUGGGGGGGAGGAGGGGUGGGAGGUGGAGGAGCAGGACGAGGGGGAGGAGCACGAGGAGGGUGGGGUGGAGGAGGAGGGGGAGGAGGAGGAGGACGAGGGGGGUGGAGUGGAGGAGGGGGAGGAGGCAGAGGAGGAGCAGGUGUAG